AUGAUUCGCACCGUGUUUGCUUACCUUAAAAAAGGGAAAGCAUCACAUAAAAAGGUAAAGGUAGAGCCACUGAUCAAAGUCACAAAAGCUGUAUACAGAGAUGAGUUAACCAAAAAGCAAUCGCCAACAAAAAAGACAGUGAAGAAAAGUGUGCGGUUUGCGGAUUCAGAACCUACCAUUUUGGGAGAAGACAGAGACAGUGAGAAGGAAUUUGAGAAAAGAAACUGUGCAGCUGGCAAUGAAUUUGGAGAAAAAGAGGGGAUUAGAGUGAAGGUAAAGAUGACAAAAGAAGAAGCCGCUCGGUUUCUAUCAAAAUGCAAUGGAGGAGUUCUCGAAUUCAAGGACGUUGCUCGCGAACUUGUGUCGAUCCCAGUGAACCGAGUUAGCGUUGUGUCCACUUACACAAACAAUUUAUAA